GGAGAGCGCGGUAGUCACACGUAGUGUAUGGCAAAGGACGGCCCCGGGGCCCGCCGCUUGCACACAGCUAGGGUGCACAGGCUGGGGGUACACUCAAGAGGGAGAGACAACAAAACUGAGUGUACACUAAGUGAGUGUCACAUAUAGCUGAGUGUACACUGAGUGUCACAUAUAGCUGAGUGUACACUAAGGGAGUGUCACAUAUAGCUGAGUGUACACUAAGGGAGAGUCACAUGUAGCUGAGUGUACACUAAGGGAGAGUCACAUAGCUGAGUCUACACUAAGGGAGAGUCACAGCUGAGUGUACACUAAGGGAGAGUCGCAUAGCUGAGUGUACACUAAGGGAGAGGAACAUAACUGAGUGUUCACUAAGGGAGCGUCCCAUAUAGAUGUGUACACUAAGGGAGAGUCACAGAGCUGAGUGUACACUAAGGGAGAGACACAGAGCUGAGUGUACACUAAGGGAGAGUCACAUAGCUGAGUGUACAUUAAGGGAGUGUCACAUAUAGCUGAGUGUACAUUAAGGGAGUGUCACAUGUAGCUGAGUGUACACUAAAGGAGAGUCACAUGUAGCUGAGUGUACACUAAGGGAGAGUCACAUAGCUGAGUGUACACUAAGGGAGAGUCACAUAGCUGAGUGUACACUAAGGGAGAGUCACAUAGCUGAGUGUACACUAAGGGAGAGUCACAUAAUAGAGUGUUCACUAAGGGAGCGUCCCAUAUAGAUGUGUACAUUAAGGGAGAGUCACAGAGCUGAGUGUACACUAAGGGAGCGUCACAUAGCUGAGUGUACAUUAAGGGAGUGUCACAAUAUAGCUGAGUGUACACUAAGGGAGAGUCACAUAUAGGUGAGUACACUAAAGGAGAGUCACAUAGCUGAGUGUACACCGAGGAGGGAGAGACACAUAGCUGAGUGUACACUGAGGAAGGAGAGUGAGCGUACACUAAGGAGGGAGGGACAACGUAACUGAGCGUACAAUAAGGAGGGAGUGACAACAGAACUGAGUGUUCAUUGAGGAGGGAGAGUCACAUAGCUGAGUGUACACUGAUGAGGGAGAGACACAUAGCUGAGUGUACACUGAGGAAGGAAAGUGAGCGUGCACCAAGGAGGGAGAGACAUCAUAACUUGAGUGUACAGUAAGGAGGGAGAGUCACACAGCUGACUGUACACUGAAGAGGGAGUGACGACAGAACUGAGUGUAUGUUGAGGAGGGAGAGUCACAUAGCUGAGUGUACACUAAGGAGGGAGAGACACAUUGUAUGGCUUAAUGAACACUCAGGCGAGAGACUCAGCAGACUACACACUCUGGAGAGACAGCAGAGCUGACUGGACACUCAGGACGGAGAGACUCACUGUAGAACUGAGUGUACACUUAUGACUGCAAGAGGUUCACAGGAGAGCGAGGCUCAGCAAAGCAGAGUGCACUCUCAGGACAGUAAGAGACUGCAUAGCUGAGUGCACACUUAUGAGAUACUUAUUGGAAACUUAGUACACCCUGAGGAGAGACUCACUGAUGACCUGAGUGCACACUCAUUAGGAAAAGAUUGACUGCAGUGCUGGGUACACCCUGAGGAGAGACAUACUGCGGAUAAAGCUAAUGCUGAUUUGAGAGGACACUCAAGAGGCUGCACAGAAAUGAGAAGGCUCUGAGAUGUGCUGAUUCACCAUCACUCCCAUCCGGAUACACAGGACCCCUCCAUCACCUCCACACCUUCCAGAGAUGGAACGAAGACCGGAGCAGCAAAGUCUGGACUUCACCAUGGACAAUGUGGAGAAAGCUCUUCACCAGUUAUAUUACGAUCCCAACAUUGAUAACAAGAACCUUGCACAGAAGUGGUUAAUGCAAGCACAGGUGUCUCCGCAGGCAUGGCAGUUCAGCUGGCAGCUUCUAAAUGGUGGAAAAGUGCCAGAAAUCCAGUACUUUGGGGCCAGCGCCCUACACAUUAAGAUAUCCCGCUAUUGGGGGGAUAUACCCUCGGACCAGUAUGAAAGCCUCAAGUCGCAACUGUUCACACAGAUCUCUGCCUUUGCCAGUGGCUCCAAAAUAGUGCUCACGCGGCUCUGUGUGGCAUUGGCUUCUUUGGCACUUAACAUGAUGCCUGAUGCAUGGCCGCAUGCUGUUCCAGACAUGGUUCGGGUGUUUCAGACAGAGGUCGGGCAUUCCGAUUGCGGAGCCCGCUGUCUAGCACUUUUGGAGUUGUUGACUGUGUUGCCGGAGGAGUUCCAGACGAGCCGCCUCCCACCUUAUCGCAAAGGACAAGUACGCAGUUGUCUGGCCCAAGAGUGCGCAUGUGUCUUUCCUUUACUGCGCCAGCUGCUACAGCAGAGCGACUCUCCGGGUUUUGUCAAGCAGAAGGUGUUGAAGUGUUUUUCAAGUUGGGCACAGUUGGGCAUCCCACUGACGGAGUGCGAGGGGUUGACACUGGCUGCGUUCUCUGCUCUGCGCAAUCCUGAACUGUUUGACGCGGCAGUGGAGGCCUUGGUAAACACCAUCUCGCAGCCGGACGCACAAAGGUAUGUGAACACACUCCUGAAACUGAUCCCUGAGGCCCUCAGCUUGCAAGACCAGCUCCAUCAGGCCGUGCAGAACGGAGACAUCGAGACUUCCCAUGGAAUAUGCCGGAUCGUGGUUGCGCUUGGUGAAAACCAUUCUCGGGCACUCUUGGAUCAAGUGGACCGCUGGCAAAGCUUUCUCGCCCUGGUUAACAUGAUCAUGUUCUGCACUGGGAUUCCUGGACAUUAUCCAGUCAAUGAAACCACCAGUUCUCUGACACUGACGUUCUGGUACACUCUGCAGGAUGACAUCCUGUCCUUUGAUACGGAGAAGCAGUCUGUGUACCUGCAGAUUUACCGCCCGGUCUAUUUCCAGCUGGUUGAGGUGUUGCUCCAGAAAGCUCAGUUUCCUGCUGAUGAGGAAUAUGCGUCCUGGUCGUCUGAUGAGAAAGAACAGUUCCGAAUUUACAGAGUGGACAUCUCUGACACGCUCAUGUACGUGUAUGAAAUGCUGGGUGCUGAGCUGCUCAGUAACUUGUAUGAUAAACUUGGACGCCUCCUGACUUCUUCGGAGCACCCCCCUUCGUGGCAGCACACAGAAGCUUUGCUGUACGGCUUUCAGUCCAUCGCAGAGACUGUUGAUGUCAACUAUUCUGAUGUCGUCCCUGGACUCAUCGGCCUUUUCCCACGAAUCAACAUCAAUAAUGUGCAGCUUGCCGACACCGUCAUGUUCACUAUCGGGGCAUUGGCUGAAUGGUUGGCAGACCACCCAGUAAUGAUCAGCAAGGUGUUACCCUUAGUUCUUCAUGCUUUGGGGAACCCUGAACUGUCAGUGUCUAGUGUAUCUACCUUGAAGAAAAUCUGCAGAGAGUGCAAGUACGAUCUCCUUCCGUAUGCUGCCAACAUCGUCGCCGUGUCACAGGAUGUGCUGCUGAAACAAAUCCACAAGACCAGUCAGUGUAUGUGGCUGAUGCAGGCGCUGGGAUUCCUGCUGUCUGCGCUGCAGGUGGAAGAGAUUCUUCGCAAUCUACAUUCGCUCAUCACCCCGUAUAUACAGCAGCUGGAGAAACUGGCCGAUGAGACACCAAACCCCUCAAAUAAAUUAGCAAUAAUCCACAUCCUGGGGCUUCUCUCCAACCUGUUCACAACGCUGGACAUCAGCUGUCAUGAUGACGAGCGUGAAACGGCAGAGGUGAAGAAGUUACCUGUUGUGCAAGGACCGAACCCGGUGGUGCUGGUUCUGCAGCAGGUUUUCCAACUGAUCAGAAAGGUUCUGAGCACAUGGCUGAACGACGCACAGGUUGUAGAGGCGGUGUGCGCCAUAUUUGAGAAGUCUGUGAAGACGUUACUGGAUGACUUUGCUCCUAUGGUGCCUCAGCUGUGUGAGAUGUUGGGACAAAUGUACAGCACGAUUCCACAGGCUUCCGCCAUUGAUCUUACUCGACAAAUGGUUCAUAUCUUCGCACAUGAGCCGGCUCACUUUCCUCCAAUCAAAGCACUUUUCCUGCUGGUCACCUCGCUGACGCUCUCCCUCUUUCAGCAAGGACCCAGGGACCAUCCUGAUAUUGUUGAUUCAUUUAUGCAACUCCUGGCACAGGCCCUGAAACGCAAGCCGUGUCUCUUCUUGUCCAAUGAGCUGGAUGUUAAAGCGGUUUUUCAGUGCGGUGUGCUCUCAUUAAAGUUCCCAGAGCCAACGACUGUCAAGUCCAGCUGUGGGUUUUUUAUGGAGUUUUUACCGAGAUGUGGAGAACUUGCUCCUGUAGGACAAGUGAUUCACCAAGAUGGAAAGCUGCUUCUUCAAGGCACACUGGAGGGAAUAGGUGGCCAGGCAUCACGCAAUUUGAUGGAGCCCUUUGCAGAUAUCCUCUUCUCGCUCAAUAAAAACUGCUUCUCCUACCUGGUGGUGUGGCUGAAGGAGGCGAUGCAGGAGACCGGUUUCCCGUCCCCACGUGUGACGCGAGAGCAGAAAGAUAACUUCGUACAACACAUCCUGCGGGAGCGUGUCAACAAGCGACGGAUAAGAGACAUGGUGAAGGAAUUCACGUUGCUGUGCCGCGGUUUACAUGGGACAGAGUACACUGCUGAAUACUGAUGACGAGAACGGGCAUUGGCUGGCACACCCACCUGCAAUUCCAAGCCACUCUGCUCUGCCCACCUCCAUCCCGUCCACAUUCAGAGCUGUUGCUGUGUCCUCACCCAUCUUUGAGAGUGAACUGCCUGGAGCCUCUCUCCGUUAACCUUUUGUCCGCCUGUUGUGUCCAGAUCUUCAGGGGUUUGGAUGGAGAUUAAAGCAUUUGGAAAGUACUCCCUUGCCAGAUGCUUAUCAAAACUUCCAUGAAACACUUGCAGGAUGCGACAGUCCAGAGGACACCUCUAACACGGAUUGCGUGGUUGAAUAAGAACGAUUGCUGCUUGUAGGAUAUGUACAGUCAACACUGUUGCUUCCGCUCUGACUUUUAACGUUGAAGAAGCAUGUCUGCAGAUUUUAAUACUUACACUGAACUGGUACAAUGUAUGCUGUUCUCAAAGAGUCCUAGAUCCGUUUACCUCCAGGAUAUGGAAGAAAGGGGCAAUGGUUUUACAUUUCCUCUCUGUGUCUGAACCCAGGGAUUUCCAUUUACAAAUGUUUCUCAUUACACAAGAGAACUAGCAAAAGCAUGCUGCCCUAACCACUUUUAAACCAGCCUCUUAUGUUCGUUCCGCGCACAGACUUCUGGGAAGGGUCUGGUCUGUUGUCGCCCUACAGCAAUGAUAGCUGGCUGAGAUUAAAGCUGCUUUGUAUAUUUUAGAGAAGAACUCCGACCAUCUGUACAUUUCUAGGGUUAAUGCAUCUCCACCCGUCAGAACCUGGGUAUAUGACCUUAGCGGUUUGGCUAGUCUAUGUCCUUGUGUAAAAGCAAAGCAUGUGGCUACCAGUACAGUUACACCAUAAUGAAGACUAAUGAUCUUGCUAAAGUCCACAAUAAAGAGGUUGUUUAUGUUUUUUGUAAUAA